AUGCUUUAUCAAAAUCUUAUUAUUCUUGUUCUAGUUUUUUGUUUUCCCCCAACAAUUUUUGCUGAAAAUCUAGAAUGCUCACAAUUCUCAAAUUGUGAAGGAUGCGCUGGACAAAUCGACAACUCUAUGAAAUGUCGAUGGUGUUUUGAUGGAAAUGGAACGUGUGUUCCAUCGAUGUAUAUGUGUGAUCCAAAAUAUUCGGUGGUUCAUAGAGUGAACUGUCCGUUGAAUAUUCAAGAGGCGAGUUCGGGAUUUAAUGAGACGCUGAAUCGCGAAGUUAUUCUAUAUUAUAUUCAUGCAGCAAAUCGGGUGGCAUCAACAAGUCCUGUUGGAGCGGUAUGUCUAUUUUCUUAUGGGAAAUUUCAGAAAUUGGUGGUGAAAAAUUUUUUUCAGCCCAUGUCGUGCCUUUUGAAUCUUCGCGACAAUUUCACUUUGAUCCGCGAAGUUGAAGUCAAUGAAACUAUGGAUAGCUGGUCCCUCGGCUAUAUAAUCCUAGUUAAUCACGAUUUGAAACAUAUUGUUGCCGGCUUCAGAAGCACCAAUCAUUGGAGACAACUUCUAAUGCAAUAUUUUGUGUUCAUGUUAAACUGGCUUGAACCUUUCCCGCUUGGCGGAAAAAUUGUUGGAUAUUAUCUGAAUUCUUACAACACUAUUUUGAACAGUGGUUUUGAUGUAUUUAUAAACCAGGUGGCUACCAAGUAUCCUAACUAUGAUUUCAUUUCUUGUGGACACUCUUUGGGUGGCUCAUUGGCCACGGUUUUUAGUUUACAUCUUGCACGAAUGUAUCCUGAUAGGAAUGUUGAUUUGUAUAGUUGGAGUGGUCCUCGAGCAGGCGAUGAAACAUUUGUGGAACUGUUGAACCAGCACGUUCGCAAGCAUUAUCGAGUUGUUCGCGAUGGUGAUUUGAUACCUGAUAUGCCUUUGAGAGUCUCGGAAAUAUUGCCACAAGCAAUUCACAAUGGAAUCGAGAUCUUCUAUCCAAGUCAUAUGGCAAUUGGAAGUUAUAAAGUUUGCGAUCAAGCUGAAUCACAAUUUUGUAUGAAAGGAUCUUGGUGGAAGUCUCCUUUUGCUCAUAUUUACAUCUUUGAUGGCGAUUUUAUGAACUAUAAUCUUGACUAUUGUGAUUACCCGAAAUAA